UGGAGCACGCUGAUCCACACACCUCACACACACACACACACACCCACACAGCAUACAGAAGGCUGGGGGAGCUUAGUCAGCACGUCCCCCGCUCACUCACACACUCGUGUUUGUGUAUGGAGCUGUGGCAUUCCUAGAGACCAUCUCUAUCUCUCCUCUGUCUGUCUCCCCCUUUUUCACCUGUCCUUUACUUUACAUUUGGUUGUGCUCUCUCCCUCCUUAUUUCCCUCUUCCCUUCUCCAUCUCAUUCUCUAGGUUUUCUUCUGUUCUGCCUAUUGCUGGCAGCUGUCUGGGAGAGAUGUGUUGAAGAAGAGAGAUGCAGGACAGGUCAGAUUGCUGUUGACACUGCAGAUGUUUGGACUAGAGGUUUCCCUCAGGGCUGACUGAAGACAAGACAACAACACUGCAGAGGUUUGGACUAGAGGUUUCCCUCAGGGCUGACUGAAGACAAGACAACAACACUGCAGGCACCUGACACACAGCUCUUUUUUAAAAUCUCCUUUCUAGAUAUUCCUUAAUCAUUUAUAUUGGUCCUCCUUUUUGGUGAUUUUCCACGGGUGCUAUUUUGGCAGCCUCUACAAAGAGAAAAUGAGGUCCAGGUUUUCUCAAGCUGCUCUGCAGCCCUUUAUUCUAGGAGUAUUCCUGUCACUGGUGGACACCAAAGGAACCUUCUAUGGAACAGGCCAUGGGAACCCGUUCUUUGGAGGAAGUCAUGGCAACAGAUACAACCUGUACAAGGCUGGAGUCAACCCACAGUACACCCCAGGGAAACCCAUGACCCGCCACAAAAACCACUGUGCGUAUGUGGUCCAGAAGAACAUCACGUGUACGACGCAGGACGGUAUGGACACUUACGUGACAGCAGAGUACACAACCAAGUGCAUCUGGGGGCAGAAGUGUCCUGUCGUCAUGUACCGGACCUUCUACAAGCCUAAAUACAAGGUGGGUUAUAAAACCAUCACUGAGCUGGAGUGGAGGUGCUGUCCUGGCUACUCUGGAGAGAACUGUUACGAUGGACCCACCUCCCUGCCCGAUAUGAUGCCCCCCUUCAGGGGUGGUGCCCCCCACCGCCCAGGAACGAAGGGAUACCCUCACGGGCAGCCCCGACCCCCCUUGGACCACAAACCUGUCCCUGGGGGGGCUAAUUUGGAGCCUGGGAGGCCCUUCCCAAAUCAGCCUGAUAGUAGACCCAUUCCCACUGGACAACUUCCCACCGGGAACGGCAAACCCAACUAUGGUUAUAAGGUUGGUGUUAGUGGAGAGCGUCUGGACCGUAUGGAGGUGGACCUGCGUCAUCUAACCCAGGGUCUGGACAUUCUGAACGGGGUGGUGGCUGGCCUGGAGGACCGUCUGCGCCUCUCUCUCCGGGAGGAUACCACCAAGAUGCUGGGCUCCCUGCUCUCCAGUGCCCCCCGUCUCUCUGACUCUUCCGUUGGCUUCGGGGUUAUCCCAGACGGGACUCCAGACGGCCUGAAGGGGGGAGAGGGUUUCCCGGGGUUUGGGGAUCUGGCUGGGAAGGUGACGGAGGUGAAGGAUGAGCUCAGAGCCAAGGGACACAUGCUGGAGGAGAUACAGGGUAUGGUUCUGGGCCAUGACUGGCAGCUGAAGAGGAUGUUGGAAGCUGCGACCGGCAGGCCCAUCCCUGGAUCGGGCUCUCCCACCAUCAUGGAGCUGCUGGAUGCUAAGCUUGCUGGCGUCCGCGCUGAGAUCCUGGACGGCUUCGAGAGGCGUCUGUCUGGCCUGGAGAACCACUGUGAGGAGAGGAUAGGAGAGGUCCAGAGACAGUGUCAUAAUGAACACAUGAACGGACAGGAACAGAUUCAGCAGUCACUGGACGGCAGAGAGACUGGCCUGAGAGAGGAGCUGGGUACUCUGCAGGCCCAAAUACAGGGACUGACCCUCACUGAGAGCUGCUGCGGACAGGUGAACAGCCUGUCCCAGCGGGUGUUGAUGCUAGAGGAGUCAGUGACGGGGUUAACAGAGUCUCAGCGCCAGCUCCAGGCUGCUCUCACUGACCAGACUAUCCACAUCGAGACCCUGUUAGAGGCCCGUCUGGAGAACAUGGAUGCCCGGCUCAAUGCCACAGAGUCUGGGGAAGUAGGGGUUGCCAGGGUGCCUUGGGACCUGGACGGCUUCAAGACCCUGGAGGACAAGCUGAAGACCCUGGAGAACAGGGUGUUUGUGGCCGUGGAAGAGCUGAGAAACGCCACCGCCCCAGCUCUGCUGGAGGGUCAGGUGGUGCCCGCCCUGGAGACAGAGAUCGAGUCAGUCAGGAGGAGGGUGGAGGGAGACCUGGACGGCAUCCAGAAACAGCUCACAGACCUGGAGCUUCUCUGCACCUCCUCCUGCUCCCUCGCAACUACCCCUGAAGGAGGCACGGGGACAGGCCUAGCGGAGGAGGAGUGUGAGGAGGUGGAGAAGAAGGUGUCAGGUCGUCUGGACUCCCACGCCAACCAGCUAGACCAUCUCAACACCACGCUGCAGACCCUUCUGAACCGUAUCGCCCAGGAGGAUGAGGAAGGCUCUGUCCAGGGAGAGAUCACCCUCCUCAAGAUCAAUGUCAACUCUGUCAACCGCACCCUGAAGGGUCUGAGGGACUCUGUUAGCUUGUUCACUAAGGGAGUGGGCCAAGCUAAUGCCACAUGGACACACAGGGAGAACCAGCUAGCCACCGAGGUCCAGGGCAUCACCCAGCUGGUGGGGCGCCAGGCCUCCCUCCUAGGGGCCGGGGAGCGCCGACUAGCCCAGCUGAAGGGGGAACUGGUGGGCCUGAGGAGGAGGCUGGCCGGAGAGCUUCAGGGCUGCUGGAGCACGGCCCUUGGGGUUCAGAGGGAGGUGAAGGAGGUGGAUAGUCGUGUGUCCCAGGUGGAGGGACAGUGUGGCAGCCUGGGGGAGCUGGCGGACCACCUGGAGAGGAUCAGAGCAGAGCUGGAGAGACAUUCUGACUCGUACCUGUCACAGGUGAAUGGAACGCUGGCCAGUCACUCUACACAGCUAGCCGAGCUGAAGGGAGAGAUCAAAGACUGUGUCGGGAAGGGCUCAGCCAAUCAUAGGGGAGACCAGUAGCAGCCGAGCUACGGAGAGAGACUUGUGUGUGUCAGUAGUGUGAAGAGGAUUCACAUUUUCAUCUGCUUUCCUUCAUCUCCUCUGAUGGGAAAGGUGAGAAGAAAUUCAGAGCAGGAUUCCAUCAUAUUGCUUUGACCUACCCUAACUGUUCAGAUCAGGGAAGGAGAGGAGAUGAGGAGAAGAGGCUAUUUGAAACUAUAGACAUGCACCCUUGAUUGUAUAGUUGGGCAAUAUUUUCCCUAAAGGGAUAUUUUUGUUGUUGUUUUUCUGAUAUUUUUGUUGUUUUGACAUUUUAUUUGGAUUUUUAACUGACUUUUUAACUUAUAUGAAGAAAAGAUGGUUGCAUUGUUAUACUUUACGUAUUAGAGAUAUGUGUAAAACCAAUAACAAAAACAAAGUGAAUGAUGUAAGACUAAUGAGCAGCUAUGGGUUUCCACUGGCAAACACACUCCACUCUCUGUGUGGACUCUUCCUUUAAAAAGACUGGAGCCUAUGUCAACAUGAAAGGUGCUAUAAUAUUUGUAAACAUUUAGUUUUUUUUUAUUGUAAAAAAAGAAAUGUAUUUCUCCUUAAAGUUUUGUGUUUUCUUCUUUGGUCAUUCUGAUGUCUAAGACGGAAUAGUAUUAUGCUGAAGAGUUUUGAUACUAAGGUGAACUAGUAGCCUGGUCCCAGAUCUGUUUGUGCAUCUCCAUCUCCAUUGCUCAUUGUCAAGCCAAACAAUGAGUGACGGGCAGUUGACAUGAUGGCACAAACCGACUGGCACUCAUACUAGGUCACUGGGCCUACUCAUACAAAAAAACCUCACAUUACCCAUGCAAGCUAAGGUAACUGAACUAAAUGACUAUCACCCUGUAGAACUCACCUUUGUCAUCAUGAAGCGCUUUGAGAGUCAAGGACCAUACAACCUUCAUCUUAAAUGACACCCUAGACCCCCUACAAUUUGCAUACCACCCCAACAGAUCCAUGUAUGAUUAAAUCGCUUAAGCACUGCACACCGCCCUGUCCCACCUGGACAAGAGGAAUACCUGUGUGAGAACGCUGCUCAUUGACUACAGCUCAGUUUUCAACACCAUAGUGCCCUCCAAGCUCGUCACUAAGCUCAUGGCCCUGGGUCUGAAGUCAUCCCUGUACAACUGAGUCCUAGACUUCUUGACAGGCCAACAUCAGGUGGUGAGGACAGGCAACAACACUUCUGCCAUACUGAGCCUCAACACAGUGCUUGCUCAUCCCCCUCCUGUACUCCCAUGACGGUCUGGCCGAUCACGACUCUAACUAAAUCAUCAAGUUUGCUGACGACACGACAGUGGUAGGCCUGAUGACCAGAACAACAAGACAGCCACCAGGGAGGAGGUUAGAGCCCUGGCAAAGUAUUUCCAGGAAAAUAAUCUCUCCAUCAACGUCAACAAAGCAGAGGAGCUGAUCGUGGACUACAUGAAACAGAAGAGGUAGCACGUCCCCAUCCACAUCCACGGGCCACAGUCUAGAGGUUAAAAAGCUUCAAGUUCCUUGGCUUGCACAUCAUUGAGGACCUGAAAUGGUGCCACCACACCGACACUGUGGUGAAGAAGGCGGAACAGCGCCUCUUCAACUUCAGGCGGCUGAAGAAAUUUGUCAUGUCACCCGAGCCACGGUCUGUUAACUCUGAUACUGUCUAACGGAGAAGGUACAGGUACAUCAUAGCCCGGACUGAGAGACUGAGAAACAGCUUCUAUCACCAGGCCAUCACACUGUUGAACAGCCACCACUAGCCGGCUACCUGCCUGAUACUCAGCUCUGCAUCUUGAAACUAAUGUCCCAUGUGAGACAUUGAACACUGGUAACUUCAUAUACUGUUUAUAUACUGUUGCUUACUCACUGUGUAUGUAUAUACUGUAUUCUCCAUAUAGCCCAUCCUAAUAUACCUACUAUUGUACAUACCAUUUUCUUUUCCAAAUGACAUGCUGUCUAUACAAACAUCACAUAUUUAUAUACUGUAACUGCUCACGCUAAUAUACAGUAUCUUUGGAUUAUUAAUUGGACUAGUUGUGACAGUUCUUGAUUUAUUGAUUAUUUGUGUAUUUGUAAUGUGUUUGAAAGACAUUCUACUGCCCUGUUGGAGCUACUAACAUAAGACAUUCUACUGCCCUGUUGGAGCUACUAACAUAAGACAUUCUACUGCACUGUUGGAGCUAGUAACAUAAGCAUUUCACUGCACCUGCUGUAACACUUGCAAAUCUACGUAUACAACCAAUAAACUCUGAUUUGAUUUGA